AUAAAAUCUGGUAAGAUUAGUCUACGAGUUCAGUAAGGAAAUCUGGCUAGAUAGGUUUCAAUGAUGGCUAUGAAGAUUCUCGUUCUGUUAUCGCUGGCGAUUGUGGUGCUUACACAUCCUCUAGAAGUGUCUGAGGAUGAGCUUACUCAGUGGCAAUUAUUUAAGGUGCAGCACAAUAAGAAUUUUGUAUCUAAUGAUGAAGAGGAAAUGCGAAAGGGUAUUUUCUUGAGUAAUCUACGAUUUGUCCGGGAACACAAUGCCAAGUACAAGAGAGGAGAGGAAACAUACGAAGUGGAAAUCAACAUUUUUGCUGAUAUGACUCCUGACGAAAUACUCUCAAGGAAAGGCUAUCGACGACCAGAGGGAGAACCGCGCGGUGGGGAGCCCUUCCAGGAGACGACAGGAGUCGAGUUGCCUAGUAAUGUAGACUGGAGGAAGAAGGGUGCAGUAACUCAAGUGAAAGACCAAGGCUUCUGCGGAUCAUGUUGGGCAUUUAGUGCGACUGGCAGUCUAGAAGGCUUGCACUUUCUGAAGACCAAGAAAUUGGUAUCGCUGAGUGAACAGAACCUGAUUGACUGCUCCAGGAAAGAGGGGAACUUCGGUUGUGAAGGCGGAUGGCCGGAGAAGGCUUUUAGCUACGUCAAGAUUAACAAGGGCAUUGACACAGCGGUAUCUUAUCCUUACGCAGGCCAGGACGAUGACUGCCAAUACAAUCCCAAGACCGUCGGCGCCACAGACGUAGGCUAUGUGAGCCUUCCGAAGGGCAACGAGACGAGCCUUCAAACUGCAGUAGCCACGGUUGGUCCUGUCUCUGUCUGCAUUGACGCAAGUCUUAAAUCCUUCUCUCUAUACAAGCGAGGAGUUUAUCGCGCAAAGGGAUGCUCAAAAGUCGAUCUAGACCAUGCUGUCUUAGUUGUGGGAUACGGAAAUGUCAAGAAAGGAGGCGACUAUUGGCUAAUCAAGAACUCCUGGGGAACAGAUUGGGGAAUGAAAGGCUACAUGAUGAUGGCCAGGAAUCACAACAUGUGUGGUAUUGCUACUGAAGCGAGCUACCCACUUGUGUGAUAUUUUCCAAUUUUCAACUGCAAAAUGUCAACAUAAGCUGUAUUGAUAAAUAUAACACAAAGAAAUAAAAUGCAAUUUGAAUCUUA